AUGGAUGAUUACUAUUACUUUGAUGAUGAAAAAUACAUUCAGGAAAGUGAGUAUGAUGAAUAUAAUGGAGAAGGAAGUAGGACAACAGAUGAAGAAAGACCUUUAAAACUGUUUCAAGUAGAAGAAAAACAAGGAACAAAUGAGAACAAUAACGCUAGAAGAGCAAGAACAUGUUCUGAAACUUGGAAAUAUUUUAAUACGCAAGAUACACAACAUCCUACAAAAGUUAUUUGUAAAAAAUGCAAUCAAAUGUAUUCAAAAUCAACUGGAUUUAAUAUUUUGAAAACCCAUUUGCUAAGUGUACAUGGAAUAAAAAUUGACAAUGUAAAGAAAAUGCAAACAGAGUUGAACUUUCUUAAAUUUGAUCCUUUGCCUAAAGAAGAGAAGUUAGCUCGAGAUCAAGCAUUGGUGGAUUGGAUUAUAGCAGAUUCACAACCAAUUUCCGUUGUCACCAACAUUCAUUUUAUCAAUUCGAUAAAAGCUUUGGAUCCAAGAUAUCAUCUUCCUGGAAAAACAUCAGUAGAAGAAAUGGUUUUGGAACGUUUUAACGAAAUGAGAAAAAAUGUUAAUGGAAUCCAGAUGUUGGCCGUAAAUAAUCAAGAAAUACGAAUAUUAAUGCCAACGGAAAUAGAUUGGAAUAGAAUCAAGCUUUGCCUUUUUGAAACUGGAAUACCAACAGCCCUAGCAAUUUCAGAAGUAACCUCUUUAUUGUCCAAUUAUCAUCAUGUACCAAUCCUUGAAAAUCAUGAGACCGAAGUAGAAAGUGAAAAUCUACGUCAGUACUUUCAAAGAUUAAAAAAACAGCGUUUAAACCAUGAUAAUACCUUCCGGUACUCUUCUGUAGCUUCGUCUGGAAGUUCUACUAAACAAUCAACUGCGGCAUCAUUUGAUAUAUUUAUUUGGAUGUUUAUUAAGGAAUAUUACACUACUUGA